GAGAGAGAGAGAGAGAGAGAGAAAGAAGAUAGGUGAAAAGUGAGCUCGGUGCAGGGGAGGGGCAGCAGUACCCUUGUAGCUCCUCCACACAGACGAAAACCAAACAAGCCUGCCCUAAAAAAAACACCCAAAUCACAAGGAUCGGUGAUCGGCCACUGCGACGGAAUCGGACGGUUAUUCGAUUCAGAACCGUCCGACUCGACUCGGCUGGAUUCGAUUAGUCGCGUCGCUCCACCAGCCCAGAGGCCGCCGAAACAAACCCCAUCGCCAUUAUAUGAUCCACUUCCCAGCGUCGCUGCUGCCCUCCAUGUGGGUGAGGGACCUGUGCGUGUCGGGCUAUGGCGAGAAAAACAGUUAGCAGGAAAAGGAAAGCAGAGGAGCCCAAGGAACAACAGUUUGACUGGUGUCAGUCUGCGAUUAAGCGUGCCCGCGUGUCCAGCUCAGCGCGUCAUGCCCAGCCCUGGUGGCAGAGUCGGCGGUCGGUGGUGUGCUCUGUGAGAGGAAGGGAGUUCCGCCCACAGCAGCAGCAUGAAUGGAGCUUCCAGCGGAGUCUGCGCGGAUUUGCUGCCGGACGCAUCCCAGGAAUCCUCAGAGAGAGAGAGUUCUCCCUCGGCCGCCUCAACAAGGUCUUCGCUUCCCAGUGGCUCAACCAGAGGCAGGUGGUGUGUGGGACCAAAUGCAACACGCUAUUUGUGGUAGACGUCCUCUCGGGACAGAUUACCAGGAUACCCAUGCUGAAAGACAGAGAGGGAAGGGCAGAGGUUUCCCAGGGUUUGAGUGGAGUGGGGGGCAAUUUCCACUUCCACAAUCCAGGACCAGUCGGCGGUCUAGAUGUCCAGCAGGGAUGUGGCAUCCACGCCAUUGAGCUGAACCCCUCUCGUACAUUGUUGGCCACUGGAGGAGACAACCCCAACAGCCUGGCAGUGUACAGACUUCCCACUCUUGACCCUGUCUGUGUCGGGGAUGAUGGACACAACGACUGGAUAUUCUCCAUUGCGUGGAUCAGUGACACCAUGGCAGUCUCAGGAUCCCGUGACGGUUCCAUGGGUCUGUGGGAGAUAUCAGAGGAGGUGCUGACUCAGGCCGAGAAGCGUCAGAAUGUGGAAGGUGUUCCUUGUUACUCCUACAUUUCUCACCGCGCUCUCAAGGACAUCCCGAAAGAGUACACCCACCCCUACAAUUGCAAAGUGCGUGCACUGGCCUUCAACAACAGCCAUAAGGAGUUGGGUGCCGUUUCUUUAGAUGGAUAUUUCCAUCUGUGGAAGGCAGAAGACAAC